CACGGUAGCGCUUUCAAUGAGUUUUUAAACUUAGGUCAGUCCGUAUAGAAACAGCAAGACAAAAUCGACGAUCCACAUUCAUGGAGAUUAACGCGCCUCCCGGGCUACUGCAUUCUUUUUGAUCGUUUAAAUUUCGCAUACUAAAUACAUAUUUUUAAUCAGGUCUGCGGGAAAAUGAGACUUCGUUCAAGGAAUAUUUUUAAUGAAAACCCAACGCCGUCCCCUCGACGCCGCCGUCGAGCUGCUCCGGAACCGCAGACCCCACGGGUCCAGAUACAGGACGAGGUAGAAGUUCUUCAGGACCGCUUGAAUCUGGAAUCUGAAACAGUUCCAACAGCAACCAAACGUCCACGCAUUAAAUGUGGAAUGACAAAAUCUUUAUCAACUGAUGACUGUAAAGAAUCGGAUUUCAAAACCCCAGUCCAUCACCUACGGGAAAGACAUUCCUCAUUGAAUCCUGCUGCUCGAAGCCUCUACUCUCCUGCAGUGCGUUUCCACACACCCUCUAAAGACAGUGAGCAGCCAAACUCAGGAGCCCUUUUCAGUCCUGAACACUGUGUGUUUGGCUACAGUGCCAUCAGCCCUCUCUCAGAGGAUGACGAAAAUGAUGAAGUGUUCAGUCCUUAUACCUUUAUUAAGAACAUUCCAAACCGUUCACAACAGUCCAGACCCGUCUCAGCAGUUCGGGACAUUCCACCAAAGACAAGGAGCACACCUGCUGCUACCCUAGUGCUCGAUUUGGAUGAAACCCUCGUGUUCAGUUCGCUUAAUAUGAUCAAUGAUGCAGAACAUACAUUCAACACCCGGUUUCAAGAUCACAAGUACAAGGUCUACCUAAUUCUCAGGCCAUAUGUGAAAGAGUUCCUACAAGCCAUGACCAAGCAUUUUGAGAUGUUUGUUUAUACCUCUGCUAAAAAGGAAUAUGCUGAAAAGAUUGUGGACAUAUUGGACCCUAAUAAAAAGCUUUUUAGGCAUCGUUUGUAUCAGGAUGAUUGCGCAUGUGUGCUUGGACACUACAUUAAAGACUUGAGUGUGCUGGAGCGGGACUUGUCAAAGACAGUCAUCCUGGACAACGCCCCCCACACUUUCCCAUAUCAUUUGAUGAACAUGAUUCCCAUUAAGAGCUGGUUUGGAGAUCAAGAGGACCGUGAGCUGCAAAAGCUCAUCCCUUACAUGGAGAAACUAUUGCACGCUGAUGACUUCAGGAACGUUCUGAAGAAGAGAACCGACCACUUUCACAGGUUGCUUUCUGAAGACUGAACCCUUUAUGAAAUGCAAAUAUCUGUAAAGCCAUGCAGUGAACUUCCCAGAUGACAUGCCAACUAGGGCUAAAUAUAUUUUAAGCUUUUACUCUGCUAUAAUUUACACCAGAGAGAAGCGCAACUGUUUAUUUGAUAGAGAACAGUCUUAACAUUUCACCCUGGUCAGCUGGUGUUCUGACUCCCUGUGAAGAUUAGGGCUAGAAUACUGCCUUUUAAUUUAUUGCUAAACCUUGAUGUAUUUGUACAGGAUUGUGUUAAGUAUUUAAUAGCCCCAGUGGAGAAAUGUUUUUGCUCAUUUUUCACACUUUAAAGAGUGUUUAAUUGAUUUAAAUGAAUGUUUGUGUUGUAUUCAGAAGUCUAUUUAUAAAGGACUCCAAUAAACUAAAAAAAAGAG